CAGGACAGAGUGAAGAAGACAGCAGCAAUGGCGAGAACAAAGCAGACCGCUCGUAAAUCCACCGGUGGUAAAGCCCCGAGGAAGCAGCUCGCUACUAAAGCUGCCCGUAAGAGCGCUCCGGCCACCGGCGGCGUCAAGAAGCCUCACCGCUACCGGCCCGGGACCGUGGCUCUGCGGGAGAUCCGCCGCUAUCAGAAGUCCACCGAACUACUGAUCCGCAAACUGCCCUUCCAGCGGCUGGUGAGAGAAAUCGCUCAGGACUUCAAGACGGACCUGCGCUUCCAGAGCUCCGCUGUCAUGGCCCUGCAGGAGUCUAGCGAGGCUUACUUGGUCGGUCUGUUCGAGGACACCAACCUGUGCGCCAUCCACGCUAAGAGGGUCACCAUCAUGCCCAAAGAUAUUCAGCUGGCCCGCCGCAUCCGAGGAGAGCGCGCUUAAACCGGCGUCUAAUUCAACCCACAACGGCUCUUUUAAGAGCCACUAAAGUUUACACUGAUUGAGAGAAUUUCCUAUGUAGUCUAUGUAAUAUAAAGGUGUGUGAUGCCGAUAAUAAAUUGAAUCACCUCGAAGUUUA